UUAGGGAAGGAGGGCACUGCUCUUGUUGAGAGAUAGGGAAUGCCUGCGAGUUGCGUCUGCCGAUAAUAGCACAUCAGCCAGAGCGCCGCGAUUGGGAGAGCAGAGCGCUGCCAGUGCGGAGGACUGAGCCGCUGAGCACAGAAUGGAACACUAGAGAAGACAGGCACACUUAGAAAGAGACAGAGAGAGAGAAAGAGAGAGAGAGAGAGAUAGGUUGAAGGAAGAGAGAGCGCAUCAGAGCACGCUGAGGAGAGGCGGACAGGGAAGGAUCAGUGGAGAGUGGAUGGGAGAAAGGUUACCAGGUCAGCAAGAGAACGUGGAAGUGGAGCAGCUGAGGCUCACCAGGGGGUCUCUCUAGCACUGGAACAGCCUGGCAGCACAGGAGGAGAGGGAUAUUAAGAGUGGAUAGAGGUACUGUAACUUCUUCCCAAGAAAGACAGUCCAAAGGCGAUGGUAAUGCUUCUCACAGGACUUUGCUGCACAGCAACUUCAGGACUAUCACAGCAAGACAGCAGCAGCAAGCAGAAUACACUUAAUCCCGCAAAGACGCCUGAAAUGUGCAGUUCCACUCACUUCUGUGCAGACUUUCUUACCCAUCUGUGUGCUUUGAGGUGGAUGUAGUUGUGUCUCUGUAAGGCUUUUUUUAUCUUUUCUUUUUUUUUUGUGCUUCGGAUUGCAAAGCAGUGGAGACUUGUGUUGUUCUGUCCUGUCAUCCCCGAGACUAUGGUAUACUGUGCGUCAGGGAGCCCUUCAUCAGCAGCUGCAGCCCUAGAGCAUGGAGAAGUCCAGCAGUGAGGAGUCAGCUAUUCACCGUAGCCCUUCCGUAGAUAGCCGUGACUCCGAUUUUGCCCAAGCCUCCACGUCUGGCCGCCCGUUUGGUGGCCGCGGCUUCACUGCCGGUGCAUUCUACGGCUCCACGGGGCCGCGCAAAAACGCACAGCAGGGGCAGGCUACAGCGGCAGCUGACGCCAGCGCAGCAGACAAGACCACCAACAAGUACAGCUCACCCAAAGGCAGCAAAUACGUGGUCUUUUACCUGGAUCUAUCCUUUGUGUUCCUUUUAGAAUUCAAGAAGUGCAACAUGGCAAGAGGCUGCCUCUGCUGCUUGAAGUAUAUGAUGUUCAUCUUCAAUCUCAUCUUCUGGUUGUGUGGCUGCGGGCUGCUCGGCGUGGGCAUCUGGCUCUCUGUGUCGCAGGGCAGCUUCGCCACCUUCUCGCCCUCAUUCCCCUCGCUGUCGGCUGCCAACAUGGUCAUCGCCAUCGGCGCCAUCGUCAUGGUAACGGGCUUUCUCGGUUGCCUGGGUGCCAUCAAGGAGAACAAGUGCCUGCUUCUGAGCUUCUUCAUUGUCCUGCUGAUAAUUCUCCUGGCAGAGCUGAUAUUGCUCAUCCUGUUCUUUGUGUACUCAGAUAAGGUGAGUGAGAACGCCAAGCAGGAUCUCAAGGACGGACUGGCUCUCUACAACUCAGAAAACAACAUAGGCCUGCGAAAUGCCUGGAACAUCAUCCAGGCCGAGUGGAAGUGCUGUGGCGUGAUAGCAUACACCGACUGGCAUGAAGCCCUGCAGGAGAAGAUGGUACCUGACCGCUGCUGUCAGGAGCAUUACCAGAACUGUGGCCAUAACUCCACAAACAUGUUCUGGAACAGGGGCUGCUUCGAGAAAGUGGAGGAAUGGCUGGAUGACAACAAGCACCUGCUGGGAACCAUCGGCAUGGUCAUCUUGGUAGUGCAGCUCCUGGGCAUGGCGUUCUCCAUGACGCUGUUCCACCACAUCCACAGAACGGGGAAGAAGUAUGACGCUUAGACUUGGGGAUGGAGGCACCCAACUGAGAGGAGCUGCACUGCUUGACGGCAUAAGACUUGGAUUGAAACACCCCGGCUUCCCCCCCCCCCAUUGUUUGCCCCUUCCCAGACCUUCUGUACAGAUUCCAGUGCUCCCUGCUCUCUCCUCUCACCACUCAUUUUGCCAAAGAGUUUUAACACAACUGGAAAAGAAGAGACAUCAACUUUUGGCAAGGAAGUGAACCCCAUUGGUUGUCAAUCCUCUCAAGUACAUUUCUAUUUUUAUUUUGUUCUCUUUUUUUUUGCUUGGACUAACAAUUUGCUGGAAGGACGGACUUUGAGACAAUGAACCCCCCCCCACUGCGAGGCAAAGAGGACAUAUGAAACUGAUGAUACCCUCCACCUCUUGUGGAGCUUCUUUUCCUCAUUGAUUUAAGUCAAGCUCCCUUUUUCACCUGUAAAUGAAAGAAGUUCCAACAUGGCA